GGGCUGGGACCCCGACGCGGGGGCAGCUAUCACAGUACAGGAGGGCUGCCAGGCGGAGUCGGGCUCACUCCGAGCUGCCGUUGCCCCUUUAAGCGCCCGACCUGGGGCGCACGCGCAGUCGGGCCGUUGCGCACGCAGGCGCAAACACGGCGGCGGAUGUUUACAGCAGCUGAGGUCGGAGCGGCGCACCCCGCUGCGGACGAGCUAGGGACGCCCUCGAGGAGCUGCAAGCGGCACGAGCUCGCGGGCUGGCCGAGCCUGGAGGGAAUGACUAAACAACUCCAUUCUGGGCCUGUGCUAGAAUGUCCUGCACGAAUUAGUGAAGUUGAGGUGCCUUGAAACAAAUCAAAUUGUGAUGGCCGUGCUUGGGGGAUGUGGAGCCGUGGGGGCACUUCAGAGUUAAUGGAAUUCGGUUUCUGAGUAUUAACUGAGUGCAGUCUUGAACAUGGGUGGUGCUGUGAGUGCUGGUGAAGACAACGAUGAGCUGAUUGACAAUUUGAAAGAAGCACAGUAUAUCCGCACUGAGCUGGUGGAGCAGGCUUUCCGAGCAAUUGAUCGUGCAGAUUAUUAUCUUGAAGAAUUUAAAGAAAAUGCUUAUAAAGAUUUGGCAUGGAAGCAUGGAAACAUUCAUCUUUCGGCCCCGUGCAUCUACUCAGAGGUGAUGGAAGCCCUGGACCUGCAGCCUGGACUCUCGUUUCUGAACCUGGGCAGUGGCACUGGCUAUCUCAGCUCUAUGGUGGGCCUCAUUCUAGGUCCUUUUGGUGUAAACCAUGGGGUGGAACUUCAUUCAGAUGUGAUAGAGUAUGCAAAGCAGAAACUGGAUUUUUUCAUCAGAACAAGUGAAAGUUUUGACAAGUUUGACUUCUGUGAGCCUUCCUUUGUUACUGGCAAUUGCCUGGAGAUUUCUCCAGAUUGUUCUCAGUAUGAUCGAGUGUACUGUGGGGCUGGUGUGCAGAAAGAGCAUGAGGAGUACAUGAAGAGUCUGCUCAAAGUGGGAGGCAUCCUUGUUAUGCCACUGGAAGAGAAGUUGACUAAGAUAACGCGCACAGGCCCUUCAGCUUGGGAAACCAAAAAGAUUCUGGCUGUUUCUUUUGCUCCUCUGAUCCAGCCCUGCCAUUCAGAGUCAGGAAAAUCAAGACUUGUCCAGUUACCACCAGUGGCAGUUCGCAGCCUCCAGGACUUGGCUCGCAUUGCCAUCCGGGGCACCAUUAAAAAGGUCAUUCAUCAGGAAACAGUGAGCAGAAACGGAAAUGGACUAAAGAACACCCCCAGGUUUAAACGAAGGAGAGUUCGCCGCCGUCGAAUGGAAACGAUUGUUUUUUUGGACAAAGAGGUCUUUGCCAGUCGGAUUUCCAACCCCUCUGAUGACAAUAGCUGUGAAGACCUGGAAGACGAGCGUCAGGAAGAAGAGGAGAAGACCCCGCCGGAAACAAAGCCGGAUCCCCCCGUGAACUUCCUCCGCCAGAAAGUCUUGAGCCUCCCUCUUCCAGAUCCCCUAAAAUACUAUUUGCUUUAUUACAGAGAAAAAUAGGUCUCCUGUUUGAGAAGGGAAAGGAGGAAGACCAGAUUGCCAGGCCUGCUGUGUGUGCUGCCUGUCUGCUGUGGAGGGUCACCUGGGAGCAGGCAGCAUGGGCAAGGGCACUGCUGCACUAGCCACAUCAUAGUCUUCUUUUUCUGGUUCUUAAAUGUCCUCUACAAUUUUGAUUCAGUGGUGUGAUUUUUUUACAUAAUCCUACAAGACCUACACUGCAUAGAAGAAUGUUUCCCCAAAGUAGAGAGAAUCUUCCUAGAGAAGGGUGUUUCUUUCUCAACUCCAGUGAAACACUGAGGUGUGCGUGGUAGAGACCGAUGACUCUUCAUUCACAGGACGCACAUUCUAUGCGUUAAAAAUGAAAACUGAAGGUGAAACUGACCUGUGUUACUUACAAAGUGUGAAACAAACAACAGUUUAUAAAUGUAUAAAAUCUCUUUUGGGUAUGACACACCUAUGCCCAAGUUUGAAUUUUCUGAUAAUAACCUUUUAAUUACUGGCGCUGAGUUUCACUGAACUUUUUAGUUUUCCAGAGGGAAAAACAUUAGUGAGAAGCCUUCACUUAUUUUAAGUAAAUUAUUUAAAUCCAAUUUGUUAAUUGUAAAUUUUAAAAGGAAAAAUUGUGAUGAGGGAGGAAGAAUAAAAGAUCAUACUGCCAGAUGUCUUUUUUGGAAUUCUAAAAGAAUUUCAAGGAGUUGUUUUUUCCCCUGGCCCUUUUUUUACCUUUAAAAGAACCAUUGUCAAGUAAUCCUUAAAAGAGUAUCCUGAAAAAUGAAACAAGUUUUCUUGUGUGUGUAAGUAAUAAGCUAAAUUACUUUAACCCUGACCAUAGGGAUGAUUAUUUACCCAACAUUAAAGACCAUACGGGUUUCUAGGUGUUGACAUACUCAAUCCUUAGAGCAGGUAGAAAAUACUAAGAUGGCAGGAAAUAGAUUGGGGCCUAUAUUAUAGACAGCUUGUGUUUUUUAACUUCAGUUUGCUAUUUUUCUGUGAUCAUAUUAGAGUACUGAUUCAUAGAUUUUAUCUUUUAUAAUUCUGGAGAAAAAAAGAUUUGUUAGUUUUGUAAUUUUUCUUAAGAACAAAUAUAAUUUAGUAGCUCUGUUACAUUAGCACUGCAUAACUUGCAGUGACUUGUGAAAUCAGUCUUCUCCAGGACUUAGUGUGUGGAGAGCUUUCUAUUUUAUCAAGUUAUGGGGCUAGAAGAAAAGCAGUCUUUCUUGUAGUCGGAUAGCAAAAUGAUUUGAAGUUACAUUGCUUAUUCCAAACAUUGAUUCUUUUAAAAAGUUUUUUAAAUCCAAAGACAAGAAUAAUAUAAAUUGUUAACAUUAAAUCUAAAUUCAGAGUAAGUUUAUGUAAGGUUAAGUAUCCAAAUGUUAUUAUUAACUUUAACCCUUACGGUCUUGGAAGUUGCUGUGCUUUGAUGUCUCCGUGGUUUCACCAGCUUAACUGAGUUCUGAUUAUUUUGAAUCUUUUCUACUUUAUUUUAGGAACUGAAUCAUUUUUACCAUACAAUAUAGUCUGCAUGCAUAGCUGGGAAAAUGUGUAUAUUGCCCUAGAUUGGUGAAUUUAAGUUAUUUUAAGGAACAUUCAUAGUUGUUAUCUUUUAAAGCAAAGUCAAGCUUGAUUCUUUCCAAGAGAAACGCACGGUUUACAUUUAUUUGCUAAUACUUUGUAGUUUGUAGAUCCUUGUUGACAUUCUUAUUGAAUUGUAGAGACUUCUACAUUAUAGGGAAAUUUUUGGACGUGA